UCCUCCGCCAAGGUCACGGCCCCGCGGCGUCUCCCCUCCCGGGCGGGCUGGGUGCAGGCGGUGUCAGCUGGCGGCAAGCGGAGCAGCGAGGCAGGGUAGCUUCAUCACACUCGCGGCGGAUGCGGAUUCCGCGCCGCCCCGGCUCUAGCUGCUCAGGCGACCGCCACCCUCGCCUCGCCGCCGCCAGUGCACAGGCGGCUCCGGCAGCCGCCACUCGCGCCCGCUCCCCUGGGCCGCCUCGCUGGCUCGCUCCCUCCUCCGCUUCUUCUCCCGGGGACUGGGACCAGCCGAGCGCGCGCGGGAGUCGAGACGCCCGGCCCGUGCGCGCGACUGGGAGGAGGGAGGAGGGGACAGUCACGUGGGACAGGGGCGUCCGAAGGUGCCGGCUCGGAUGGGCUCGGCUCGGCCGCCGCCACACCGCCCGGGCCUCCCGGGCCUCCCCGGCCUCCCCGCCCUCGCGCCCCUCGGGAGGCUGUAGUCCUGCCCCCGGCGCGGCCGGCCCGCGCUUCCGCACACCCCGCCCGCCGGCCCGCGCGUGUGUACGUGCGCCGGAGGCCUGGAGAGACCGGAGUUUAACGCCCAGUGGGGAAAUAAUAAAACCUACCUCACAGGACUGUCAUGGGAUCAAAUGCGAUAAUACCUGUUGAUCAUCUAGCACAGUGUCUGGCACACAAGAGGGCCUAUACAGAGGUUUCCCAGAAACUACCACAAAAUCAUUAACAAAAAUUCAAUGGAAAACAAUGGAACCAAUGGAAACCAGUGGAAUGUAUGCAUUUGAUACACUAGGCAGCAGCUGAUAAUGAAUUCUGAAUAUUGGGAUUGCCUCUUUUUUUUUUUUUUUUGACGGA